UGCCCGAGGAUCUGCUCCUCUGAGUGACUUCAAGUCUCCUUCCCUUAGCGACCUCGGGUUGACCUUUUGUAGCUAACUCUUAGUCCUGGGUUCACAAAAGCGCCCCUUUUGGCCCCCGCGCUGCAGGCGUUGCUCUCGACACCUCCAUCCUUGCCAUCCAUCGGAUGUGGGGAGGCACGGGCCCUUUAAGAGCAGCAGGACCGGCGGCGAGCAGAAGCUUGGAAGAGAACGCUGUCGCUGCUCGACUAGCUCCGGAGGACAAGCUCUCGGGACCAGACUACGAGGACCGGGCGGAUUCAUCCAAGUGAAGUCAGGGCGAAACCUCAACCAACCCUCUGCAAUCGUGUCAUCCUUUCUGACCUGAGCCCGGCCUUCCUCUACUGCCCGCCCCGGCCUGGCCCCGCCCCGGCCCGGGCUACCGGGACAGGGGAGCCAGGGCGCCGGUGCCGCACCGGUGGCAGGUGAGGAGAGCCGGGAGUGUCCACCUCCCGCGCUGCGGCGCUGAGCAUCCGGGUCGAGCAUCCCGGUUGAGCAUCUCUGCUGAGCAUCCUUGCGUCUCGCGAGCCGGAGGCGCGUCAAGGUGACCAGGCCAGCUGUGUGAUGGCGGAGAAGGCACUGGAGGCCGUGGGCUGUGGACUGGGGCCUGGGGCUGUGGCCAUGGCUGUGGCGCUGGAGGACGGGACAGAGCCCCCCGUGCUGACCACGCAUCUAAAGAAGGUGGAGAACCACAUUACAGAAGCACAACGCUUCUCUCACCUGCCCAAGCGCUCUGCUGUGGACAUCGAGUUUGUGGAACUGUCCUAUUCCGUGCGGGAGGGGUCCUGCUGGCGCAAACGGGGUUACAAGACCCUCCUCAAGUGCCUGUCUGGUAAGUUCUGCCGCCGAGAGUUGAUUGGCAUCAUGGGCCCCUCCGGGGCUGGCAAGUCCACGCUCAUGAACAUCUUGGCAGGGUAUAGGGAGUCGGGGAUGAAGGGGCAGAUCCUGGUUAAUGGGAAGCCACGAGAUCUGAGGACCUUCCGCAAGAUGUCCUGUUACAUCAUGCAGGACGACAUGCUUCUGCCACACCUCACGGUGCUGGAGGCCAUGAUGGUCUCGGCCAACCUGAAGCUGAGUGAGAAGCAAGAGGUGAAGAAGGAACUGGUGACAGAGAUCCUGACAGCCCUGGGCCUGAUGUCCUGCUCUCACACGAGGACAGCCCUGCUCUCUGGGGGGCAGAGGAAGCGCCUGGCCAUCGCCCUGGAACUGGUCAACAACCCGCCUGUCAUGUUCUUCGAUGAGCCUACCAGGUGUCUCCCUGCUUCUCCUGACCCAGGUUUUCCUCUAUUCAGCCCUAAGCCAGGGCUGAAUCUGGUUCAUGGCUCCCUGGCUGGAGACCAGAUCUCCUGCUGGCAACUUUCUGGGGACUCCAUCCUUGCUAAUCCAGUUGUAGCCAAGUUGUCCUGUCUUUCAUCCAGCGGUCUAGACAGCGCUUCUUGUUUCCAAGUGGUGUCCCUCAUGAAGUCCCUGGCCCACGGGGGGCGAACUGUCAUCUGCACCAUUCACCAGCCCAGCGCCAAGCUCUUUGAAAUGUUUGACAAGCUCUACAUCCUGAGCCAGGGACAAUGCAUCUUCAAGGGUGUGGUUACCAACCUGAUUCCCUAUCUGAAGGGGCUUGGCUUGCACUGUCCCACCUACCACAACCCCGCUGACUUUAUCAUUGAAGUGGCCUCUGGCGAGUACGGAGACCUGAACCCCAUGCUGUUCAGGGCUGUGCAGAAUGGCCUUUGCACCAUGGCCGAGAAGAAGAGCAGCCCUGAGAAGAAUGAGGUCGCUGCCCACUGCCCCACUUGUCCUCCAGAAGUGGAGACUAUCGAAAGCCACACUUUUGCCACCAGCACCCUCACCCAGUUCUGCAUCCUCUUCAGGAGGACUUUCUUAUCCAUUCUCAGGGACACGGUCCUGACCCACUUGCGGUUUAUGUCACACGUGUUGAUUGGCGUGCUCAUUGGCCUCCUCUACCUGCACAUCGGCGAUGAUGCCAGCAAGGUUUUCAACAACACCGGCUUCCUCUUCUUCUCCAUGCUCUUCCUCAUGUUUGCAGCCCUCAUGCCGACGGUGCUCACCUUUCCCUUAGAGAUGGCGGUCUUCAUGAGGGAGCACUUGAACUACUGGUACAGCCUCAAAGCGUAUUACCUGGCCAAGACAAUGGCUGAUGUGCCCUUUCAGGUGGUGUGCCCGGUGGUGUACUGCAGCAUCGUGUACUGGAUGACAGGCCAGCCAGCUGAGACCAGCCGCUUUCUGCUCUUCUCUGCCUUGGCCAUAGCCACUGCCUUAGUAGCCCAGUCCUUGGGACUGCUGAUUGGCGCCGCCUCCAAUUCCCUCCAGGUGGCCACCUUUGUAGGCCCGGUCACUGCCAUUCCCGUCCUCCUGUUCUCCGGCUUCUUCGUCAGCUUCAAAACCAUCCCCACUUACCUGCAGUGGAGUUCCUACCUCUCCUAUGUCAGGUAUGGCUUUGAGGGUCUGAUCCUGACCAUCUAUGGCAUGGAGCGAGGACAUCUGACCUGCUUGGAUGAACAGUGCCCAUUCCGGGAUCCACAGAUCAUCUUGCGAGAGCUGGAUGUGGAGGAGGCUAAACUCUACAUGGACUUCCUGGUUUUGGGCGUCUUCUUCCUUGCCCUGCGACUGCUGGCGUACCUUGUGCUCCGGUACCGGGUCAAGUCUGAGAGAUAGAAUCUCGCUCCCACCUCUUCUGGGCAGGAAGCCCCCAGCUCCAGCCCCUUGGGACUGUUUUACACUUGUAGACUUGGGCAUUGGUUGCUGGUGCAACCGCCCUCCUCUCCCUCAGCUGCUCCACAGUCUGGCUGUGGGUCCCCAGGCUCCCAGCCUCAGCCCUGGAAGUAGGGCUCCAGCCCUCCCCAUUAAGCCCAGGAGUCUUCCCAAGUUGAUGCAGUUUGUAGCUUCCUCUCUCCUCUCUCCAACACCUGCAUGCAAAGACCACUGGGAGGUUCCACCCUCCCCUCUGCCCAAAGCACCCUUCUCUGCUGUUUGCCUGGGAGCCCCAUGUUCUCUAGGCCUUGACUUACAAGUGAUCAAAAUGACCCCUUCUGGGGUCCCCACCACACUAGUGUUUGUAAACUGGGCUGCUGUAAGGUUGGAGUUCCAGGGCUGGGCCCUGGUGGGUACCCAGGGAGUCCCAGCAUGGACACUGGAUGGAGCAAGGAGGGACUCUGGAAGUCUCUCCCUCCUCCUCCCCCUUCCUCCCCACACCCACUUUGGCUAAUUUGGACAAUCUGUUGGGACAGAAGCCGGGUUUUCUGUCUGGGUCACCACUCCCAAUCCUGGAGAUUGGAGAGACCACCGGACGUCCCACUCCCUUCCCUAACCCUUCAGUCAGGGUAGGUCUCAAUGGCACCUCUGCAAUAAUGUCUGUGCCACUUGCCCACCUGCCACUGGAACUGAAGAAUGCACUUUAUUCCGGGGGGUGAGCCGGGGAAGCCUCGAUCGUCCCUUCUUGCUGCUCCUGAGGCUUGGUUCCACAGGUCCUUUCCUCUCCGGAGUCACAGGCACGCAAAUGCAACCAGGCAAUCUCAGCCCUACACACGACACCAUCCCUUAUGGCGCGGAGGAAGAGCCAUGGUGGCAAGGAGCCAAUGGUGCCAGCGGGGGGAUGGUGGCAACCUCUUCCUGAGAACCCCAUUUUGGAAGCUAAGAAUGAGGCUGGUGUGAUUCAGUGUGGCUCUGGGCUCUGCUGGUGUCUAUCUCCCAGUCUUCCCUCCAUCUUGAGCCAGGGGUGGCACUGGGUGCUUGCCUCCUGGAGGUCAGGACUCGACAAGCACAAGAAUGGGCAUAGCUGGCCCCAGCCAUGGCUCCCCGACGCCAUCCUUCUGUGCUCCAAGCUGACACUUGCUCUUCUGCCCCUGCGCCAGCUUCCUGCUGCUCACUCAAACUUCUGUUCGCUGAUCUUCAUCUUCCAGCCAGCAGCUGGUUCCUGGACAUCAGAGCAGCGGGGCCUGGACGCCGAGGUGGCAGAUACAUCUGGAGCUUGUCUGUUUCCUUGGUGGGUCUGGGCUCAUCCUACAUCUGAUUUCGCCUCCCCCAGGACUCUUUCCCCAGUCCUGCGCUCUCGCCUCUGUACUUGCCCCAGGUUCUUCUCAUUACACAGAUGCCCGUUGUAUUUGUGGGAUUUCACUCAUUAUUAAUAAAACCUAUAUUUAU